GCGUGCUAGAGCGGCCGCGGUGACGCGCUUCCGGCCCUGUAGUCUCCACUGUGGCUGCUCUGAGCAGGCGCUGUGGAGCAAACCUCCAUGCGACUGCGCUGGCUCUCAGUCCGUCGGCCCGUGGGGCUUUGCGCCAAGGCGCUAUGUGUCUGUCACUUCGUCUGCGGAGCAAUUAGUGAGGGAGAGGGGCUGGGGCUGCAGGAGGCCUUGCAGAAGGCCUUGCAGAAGGGGCGGCCUCCUUCCCUCCCACCGCGGUUGUUUGCACCGUGCGCCCUGUGCGAAGCCACCACUUCGGCCCACACUCUUGGUAGUUCUCAUCUCCUAAGCCCCGCAGAAGCAUCGUUUCGGUGUCCUUUCUCAUCUCAUUUGUACAUUCCAUGGGGGAGAAAGGAGGACCACAGAGACGCGGCGCCCUCCACCGUCCUAGAGAAGCCGGAGUGGCACGAAUGCGGCAGCCUCCACCUCUCCGGAGCUGAGCUCUGGUCCGCGCAGAGAAUGGGAGCUGGGCGUAGGGCUGCCCGGGCUGGCGCGACUUCCGGGCUCGGGGCCGCCAUGCCAGGCCUGCCAGGGUCCGGAGCUUCCCUUCCCGACUUAUGUCAGCCAGCGGGCGGGCCCGGCGCACGCUCAGUUCCCCGGUGGGCGGCUCGGGCCGUGGCCAGCGGGGUCCGCCUCGGCCCUGCCUUCGAGCUGCCGCCGGGACAGCCCGCGCCUGCCCGGGUGCGCCUGGCGUCAGUGACCUUCGAGGAUGUGGCCAUCUACUUCUCUGAGAAAGAAUGGACGGGCCUGGCCCCUGCUCAGAGGGCCCUGUACAGGGAUGUGAUGCUGGAGAAUUUUGGGGCUGUGGCUUCCCUGGCGGCAUUGCCAUUUCCCAAACCGGCCCUGAUUUCCCAGCUGGAACAAGGGGAAACACCCUGGUGCUCGGCUCCUCGGGGAGCUCCGGAUGGAGAGGGCCCAAGGGACAUCUCGUCAGGAAUAAAAGGGUCAGAUGAUGGCAGCAGUGUCCUUAACAGCCAGACCCCAGGAAUCAGUGACUUUUGAGGACGUGGCUGUGUACUUCACUGAGGAAGAAUGGACCAGCCUGACACCUGCUCAGAGGGCCUUAUACAGGGAUGUGAUGCUAGAGAACUAUGGGGCGGUGUCCUUUGUAGCAUCGUCCACUUCCAAACCAGCUCUGAUCCGUCGGCUGGAACAAGGGAAAGAGCCGUGUUUCAAGGAACCUCAGGGAGCCCUGAGCUGGG